AUGCGUGGAAGUCAAAAUACUCUGAAGCAUCUCAAGAACAAUAAAGUGGUAGACAUCCCUAAAACCAUCCCUGAAGCCGAUCUUUUGCGUCCAGAGAAUGAAACCUUACRUGGCAUUGAGGAUUACCAAAUUAGUUAUUUCUUGUUUGGCAUUAUCAUUCAUUCUGAACAAAGAGACCACUACGUCACGAGGAAAUCCUCCACAACAUUGAAAAAGCCAGAGUUCGUUGGUCUGACAAACCUGAAAGAACAGUUCAUGCGGUUCACCAAGACCCAGGUGCAGAAUGACAGAAGGCGCAUGCUGGGCCACAACGUUGUAGAAAACACGCCCUUACAUUUGGUAUUUGCUGAAACUCCAGAAAAUCAAGAAGAAAAAAGUGGUCGAGGUCCAAAGGUCAGAUCUAGUGGGCCAGUACCUGGGAUCCACUACAAAAAAAAAACUAAAGACAAGAUAGACGAAGCACGUGGUGGCAUCCUUUUCGUGGACGAGGCAUACAGCCUCAUACCAACAGCAGGGGGGAAGGAUUUUGGGACGGAAGCCAUCGAGGAGUUGAUGUCAGUAAUGGAAAACGGUGACCCAAUCAUGAUUUUUGCUGGCUACGAAAAGAUGAUGACCCAAUUCCUUAAAGUAAAUAUGGGAUURCAAUCUCGUAUUUACCGUAAAAUUGUUUUCCCUGAUUACACGAUAGAAGAGGUUGGAAAGAUUUUCAGGCAACGUGUGAAAGAAAGGGGGUAUAAUCUUGCCUCAAAUAUUAACGUGKCCAAAAUAAUACAAGAAAAAACCACAGAGCAGCAGAGGUCAAUGAUGAAUGCCCGCCUCAUGCGUCUUCUUCUGCAAAAAACCAUCGAGGAGGCUAGGAACAGAGUUCCUCUUCAAGCUUCUCUGCGAGAGCUCCUCGAACUCCAAGAGAGUGAUGUUGUAGCAGCAGCCAGUCAUCUGCCGAGAUAUGCUGAUGACAUUGAAGAAGUACAAAGAGAAGAUACGCAGAUUUAG